CUUGACCGAAAGAAAAAGGGUGAAGGAGAAGGAGGAGGCUAUGAGGCAAUUGAGGGAGGAGGAAAGAAGACUGAAGGAGGAGGAGAUAAGAUUGGAGGAGGAAGCCAGUAAGGAGAUGCAUUGGCAAGGGAAGAAGAAGGAAGUGAUGGAAGCGGUAGUCACUACUGACGUCGGAGAAAGCAAUGAAUCGGAUCAGAUUAGUCGAGAAGAGGGAGUGAAGGGGGCUGAGAACUGGGCAAGGCUAUUCUCUUUUGGAGAAGAGCAUGAGGCACAGACACUGGAGACACAGGAGGAGCGACGUGAGUUUGAUAAGAAUAUGCAAGAGACAAAAGGGGACGUGGAGCAGCAGAGAUUGCUGCAAGAGGAAAGAAUGUUGAGGUUGAAGAUGAGAAGGAACAAACAAAAGAUGAUGCAAAGGGAGGAGGGGAAGCUCCUGGAGGAGAAGUUGUCAGGGCUGAGGGAACAAUAAGUCGUAUUAGAGGCCGAUAUAACUGAUGACCCUAAGUCACUAAUCCCUGUAGUUAAGACCCUGGCACGAGGGCAAGCCAUACCGAUUGAGGGUGUGAGGCAAUUGAGUUCCGUGAUUCAUAACCUAGAGAACGUUAUAGAAUCCUUGCACCUGUGAAUGAAAGACUUUGCACAUG